AUGGACUUCGAAUCACAACUAUGUAUUAAGGUGGCACUUUUAUUAUUACCAUUAUUUGUAAUUGGAAUUCGUCUACUUUGGGUUUUGCCUGCGGUCAGCUCACCAACCAUUGAGUCUCAGAAGGAAAAAGGAUUGAGUCAAAUACCUUCAGAGUUGAAAGGGUCUAAUAUAAUGGUUUUCUUGGGCUCAGGUGGCCACACGGGCGAAAUGAUGCGUAUUUUGACUAAUGUUGACUUGAAUAAUUUCAAUCGUACAUGGGUUACAUCAUCUGGUGAUACAACUUCAAUCUUAAAAUGUAAGAAAUAUGAAGAUGACAGGCUUAGAGAUAGUAAAUAUAAACUGGAAUACCUUAUAUUACAUAGGGCGAGAUCUGUCGGGGAAUCUAUAAUCCUGUCAAUUUUCAGUACAACAAGAUCAUUUAUUUCUACAAUCAAGAGCCUAUAUGAUUUAACUCGAUUUCCAUCUAUUCUUUUAUUAAAUGGACCAGGAACAUCUGUUCCACUAGCAUAUAUCAUAUUUCUAUUAAAAUUCUUAGGGUUUUGCAAGACUAAGAUCAUUUAUAUUGAGAGUUUAGCGAGAGUUGAACAGUUGAGCUUGAGUGGUAUCUUAAUAUUGCCUAUUGCUGAUAGGCUUAUUGUUCAAUGGAAACAGUUAGCCCUAAAAUAUAAAAGAGCCGAAUAUUAUGGUAUUUUGAUUUAA